AUGCCCGCGCCGAUCUGGUCCAAGGAGACCCUAGCCGAGUUCAAGAAGCAUCAAAUCUCGAGCGCGCCCGGCUCCGUUCCCCUCAAGCCGGGGGAGGGACCUCUUCCGUAUGGCGGCACGGCAAACAACGGGACUUCAGGCAAAUCAGUCUUCGGGAAGAGAAAGAUUGUGGCGGGCGACAAUGAUCCUAACCCGCGCGCGCUGAUGCUGAACUUUCCCCCCGAGCCGUCCGCUGAAGCCCUCGCGGGGUGG